AACUUUUAAUUUAAUUGGCAUUGUCGGCGUCGCGAAAAUUGUGUCGUAAGUCGUUUUCAGUCGUUCCCUAUUGUUUUCGCGAAGUGACUGUGUGAUAAACGUUCGGCAAGAUGGGCGCAUCUCAAUCGAGAUACAAUUUCGACAAUUCGCGAUACAGAAACAGAAGAGAUUCCGACGAUUUCGAAACCCCUUUAGGCUAUCAGGUGGAAUACGCGAAAAGCUCUCGGGCCCACUGCUGUUUAUGCAAGCAACGUAUCGAAAAGGAGUCCCUCAGGCUCGGCAUUAUUGUUGAGAGUCCCUUUCAUAAGGGAACAAUACCCAGAUGGUAUCACUUCCCAUGCUUCUUUUCACUAGAACAUGAAGAACAUAUCUCGACCUAUAAAUUAGUUGGCUUCAAUGAGAUUCGCAAUGAAGAUCAAGCUGCAAUUCGAGAGAGACUUAGCUUAGCAGAUUUUAGAGUGGAAUAUGCCAAGUCUGGCAGGGCCACCUGUGUAGGAUGUCAUGAAAAGAUAAUAAAAGGCGAAACAAGAAUAGGGAAGAAGGAUUAUGACGCCGAGCAGGCAAUGAGGUUUAAUGGUUUCGUCGACAGAUGGUAUCAUGUGGAGUGCUUCGCGCAAUUAAGAGAUGCUUUGGGAUAUAAUGGGCAAGGAAUUGAGCUUCCAGGUGCCGGACAACUCUUGAAAGAAGAUCUAGAGAAACUCAAGGCUUUGUUGUCCAAAAAUAUUCAGGAUGAUAUGCCAUCGCCCCCUAAAAAAUUUAAGAUUGAACCAGAAGACAUGGAAUUGAUGAAGCAAAUUGAAGAGCUGUACGCUAUAAAGAAUCAAAUAUCGCGUCUCGAAAAGAAAGAUAUGGUUGCGUUAUUGGCAAAAAAUAAUCAAGAGGUUCCAGCUGAUACAUCAGAUAUCAUAAAUUUUUUGUCUGAUAUGUUGUAUUUUGGAGCUCUACAACCCUGUCCACAAUGUCAAAGACAACUCAUAUACGACUCUGGUUUGGGUUAUAAGUGUAUUGGCAAUGCAACGGAAUGGUAUAAAUGCGAGUACGUUACACAAGAUCCAGAGAGAAAAGAAUGCGAAAUACCAAGUGAAAUGAAGGAAAAUUUUCCAAUUCAAUCAUACACAUCUAUAGUGAGAAAACGAUUGCUUGAAGUAAAUAUGCCAUCAUCGUCAAGUUCCGUUGAAAGAGUUGUAGCCAAAAAUUGGGAUGGACAAAUACCCAGAAUACAAGGAAGGCCACGUCCGUUGAAAAAUAUGCAGUUUGUUAUAAUAGGUCGUACAAACAAAGAUAAGAAGGAAUUGAAAAAGGAUAUUUUACUGUUGGGUGGUACUGUUAUAACAAAAAUCCAUCAAAAUCUGACUGCUGUAAUUUCGAAUGAAACGGAGGUUAAAAAAAUGAAUAAGAGAAUGAAGGAUGUUCAGGCACACAACGUUCAGGUAGUAACAGAAGAUUUUAUAGAAGAAGCGAAAAAGCAUAGAGACGCUCCCGUCAUGCUCCUAAGAGAGAAAACUAUUUCUAGUUGGGGUAGCGAUAUUAAUGCUCGACUUUCUGACGUAAUCGCAAAAUCCCCAUCUGAGGUUGUGAAUAUUUAGAAUAUAUAACGCAUAAAAAGUGUAAUGUUCAAGUUUAUGUCCUAUUUUUUUUUAACUUUGUGAGAUUACAUUUCAUUUGCUGAUUAUUAGUUUAAGAUAUUAUAUUAAUUCCAGUGAAUACUUCAUUAUGACCAAAACUUCAUAAAACUUUUAACUUUAAAUGAUAAUUUUUUGUUUUGUGUAGUUGCAUGUUUACGCGCACAUUUGAUUACGCGCACAUUUGAUUACGCGCAUAUUUGUUCAAGCGUAUAUUUGUUUACGCAUAUAUUAUUUACAUGCAUUUUGUUUUCAUGUAUUGUCUUACUAAAGUGUUUGCUACAUCGAAUAUUGAUUGUAAGAACAUACAGUAAAUUUCUUACAAAAUAAAA